AUGCCGCCUUACUCCAUGGAGGUCCGGUUGGACAACCAGCUUGCGCUUUUCCGGCCUGGCGACUGGGUCACGGGCGAGGUGGUGCUCAAAGUUUCGGAGCCUUUUGAAGUCAAGGAUAUCGUGGUGCUGCUUGUGGGAGAAACGGAGUCAUGUAACUUCAAACACGACGAUAACCGAAGGAGAAUGAGUGGAAGUACCCGUUUUCGCCUCUUUGAGCUUUCCCAUAGGGUAUUCCCGAAAACGCCCAACGCCGACCGCUACGAGUUGGACAAGGGCAUCCACAAGUUCCGCUUUGACCUAGCGUUUCCAGCUACACAGGUGGAAGCACGGUGUUUGAUGCAGUUUGAGUGGAACAGGCUGUACUUGCAAACGCAGCUUUGGAGAAAUACCGCCGAAUUGGCGCCUGGUUCGCUUACAUCGACGGACCUUCCGCCUUCGUUCAAUACCAUCUUUGGCAUGGACAGCUACGCUGCAGUCAAGUACACCGUACGUGGUUCGGUGGGAAGACCAGGGAAACUGAGUGUGGGAAACGACAAAAAAAUAGAGCUCCGUUUUUCUCCAACGCUACAUUCCGCCGUGUGCUCGGUUCAGCAUUUGACGGAGCACGGCUUGUUUCUUCCAGACUGGAGUCGAGGAGGCACGAUUCUCAAGCUUCAGUACGACCAGAGCAAACGGCAGGAUCGAAGCUUUUUCGAUAAAAUGUUCUCGUCGGGCUCGUUCACCUUGCCGAUCGACGCCGUGGUGGAGUUCAAGGAUAGCAAUUUGUCCCGGUAUGCUCAGGGAUCCACCAGCAGGGUGCUCCAUCAGGAGGACAUUCUCUCGGACGUAUUACGAGUGAAUCUUGUUUCGCCGUUUUCGUAUAAAGCCUUGAAGGAGGCGCUUUUCGGGCGCUACGUCAUCAAAUUAGGCCAGGAAGCCGCCGUUCCCCGGCUCGUCAUCAGACAAGUCAAAAUCACCAUCAUCCAGCAUCUCCGCUACUCGGGCUACCUGGAAAAAGAGGCCACGCAUCGGAUUCCGCUUGCAAAACACACCCAGUACCGAAAAGUCGAUUUCUCCAGAUUCCAGCGUGUGGAGAACUACCCCGGCUACGAGAUUUUCCGAGAAAUCCCCAAAGAACACUCGUUUUUGGCGGCACCGCAAACAGCAUAUCUGUACGAGUUGCCGGCAGAGUGGCUAGAAUACGGCCUUUUCACAGAUGAACAGUCGUUUGUGGCGCCCAAUAUACAGUGUGACUACCUGCUUGAGUUUGCCAUCAAGGUCAAUUCGUCCGCUGAACAGGGCAAACACUACGAUGUGGUUUGCGAGGCGCCUAUUCUUUUGGUUCCUCCUCGUCAUACAGAUCACGAGGGAGGAGGUCCGCCUGCUUCAUCUGGACCGGUCCGUGUGGCUCCUUCUGAAGAGCCUGUCCGUGUGGCUCCCCUGGCAGAUGCCGAAGAAGCUCCUCCUUCAUACCAGGAGGUGAUGCAGAGCUCGUAG